AGCAGCAGAAGAAGAAGCUCGUCGUCAGAGGAGGGAACUUCAACAGUUUGUUAGCUAACUGAAAAUCCUGCAGAGUUUCGGAAACGUGAUAAUUUGUGGACAUUGGUCGAAAGUCAGAGCCAUUACAGUGGCUUUUUGAUCCACACUAAAGGCUUCCAGGCUUUUUUUUUUUUUUUUCGAAACAAUGAGCGCAGAAGGGUCCUCAACAGGCUCAUGGAGAGGUGGGAGCAGAGGAUGGAGAGGAUCUGGUAAUGGAUGGAGAGGCAAUGGGAGAGGGUGGAGAGGGGGAGGAGGAAGUGGAUGGAGAGGACAGGGAGGGUGGAGGAGACCACCGAGAGGAGGGUCAGCAGGAGCAGGAGGAAGCCAGGGAGGUGGUGUUAGUGGAGGAGGAUCAGGAAAUCCAGGCUUCAGCUCCCAGAGAGCACCAAUCCAGACUACUCUUGAUGCACUGUGUCCAUACAAAGGAUGGACUCUAUACUUCACAGAAGGUUUCAUAGAGAGCUCACCCAGCGUAGAGAAGAUCAAAGUGUUUGAGAAAUACUUCACAUCUCGGAUUCACCUGUAUGACAAAGAUGAGAUCGAGCGUCAGGGCAGUGUGCUGGUGGAUUACACAGAAUUAACUGGGGACAAACUCGUGUGUGAGGCACUUCCUGACAUUGUGACAGACCUGCAGGAACAGCCAGAGGUGAUGCUGAACUGUUUGGGAGUGGCCAUUCAUCAGGUGUUGACUGCAGAUUUGGAGAAACAAGCUGCUGAGCUCCAAGAUGAGGAGCUUCCUGUCGCUACACCAAUCAUCAAUAUUCCUCAUAUCAGCGUGAGGUUGUAUAACUACGAGCCGCUGACCCCGCUGCGGACAUUGCGUGCCAGUGUGUUCGGUCGGAUGGUGUGUGUGAGAGGAACUGUGGUCAGAGUGAGCAACAUCCGACCUCAGUGUACCAGGAUGGCGUUCAAGUGCCAGACCUGUGCAAGCACUCUGACCCUACCGCUGCAGCAUGGAAAAUAUGCAACACCUACCAAGUGUAUCCAGCCUGGAUGUCGCGCUCGUUCCUUCAUCCCCCUUCGCAGUUCUUCCUUCACUAAAACAGUAGACUGGCAAAUCAUCAAGGUGCAGGAGUUGAUGGGCGGCGAGCAGAGGGAGACUGGGCGAAUCCCUCGCACCGUGGAGUGUCACCUGACCUCUGACCUCUGCGACAGCUGCGUCCCUGGAGACACAGUCACCAUUGCAGGGAUAGUCAGAGUUAUUAAUGAUGGCACUUCCAGAGGAAAUAAAGAUCAAUGCAUGUUUCUCCUCUACAUUGAAGCUACUUCAGUCAGUAACACCAAAGGUCAGCUGUCCAAAUCUGGAGGUGAGGGGUCAGGAGGAUUGAGGGAAGAUCGUACAGGAGGAGAGGAGUUCAGUCUGAAGCAGCUCUAUGCCAUCCAGGAGAUCCAGUCGCAGCCAAACCUGCUCCGACUUAUCGUGCACUCUUUGUGUCCUGCCAUCUACGGCCAUCUGCUGGUGAAAGCUGCCCUAGCUUUAGCCUUGUUUGGAGGCAGACAGAAACACACGGGCAAGAGCAGUGUCCCAGUGAGAGGAGAUCCACACAUCCUGAUAGUGGGAGAUCCAGGCCUGGGAAAGAGUCAAAUGUUGCAGGCAGUGUGCAACGUGGCUCCCAGGGGAAUCUAUGUAUGUGGCAAUAGCACCAGCACCACAGGACUCACAGUGAGUUUGUCCAGAGAUGCAGGAACAGGAGAUUAUGCUCUGGAGGCAGGUGCCUUGGUGUUGGCUGACCAAGGUCUUUGUUGCAUUGAUGAGUUUGAUAAAUUGGGUAACCAGCAGCAGGCUCUGUUGGAAGCCAUGGAGCAGCAGUCAGUGAGUCUGGCCAAAGCUGGUAUAGUCUCUUCUCUGCCUGCUAGAACAUCUGUUGUUGCUGCUGCUAACCCCAUUGGAGGGCACUACAACAGAGGGAAGACUGUCUCUGAAAAUCUAAAAAUGGGCUCAGCCCUCCUCUCCCGCUUUGAUGUUGUGUUCCUCCUUCUGGACAUCCCAGAUGAGUCACAUGACCGCCGGCUGUCAGAGCAUGUCAUGGCAAACAGGACAGGUAAAGGCAGAACCAGCAGCGCCACAGUCACCAGGACCAGUACUGAAUUGGAGACCUCCAUCCUGCUGCAACAUUCAACCAUGCCACUGUCUGAGCGUUUGCAGGUUCCAGCAAGCGAGUCGGUCGAUGUGAUUCCAGCAUGUUUGUUAAGGAAGUACAUCAGCUAUGCUCGUCAGUACGUCCAACCCACGCUGUCUCCUGAAGCAGCAAAAACCCUUCAGGACUUCUAUCUGUCGCUGAGAUCCCAAUCACACUCUGCCGAUGCCACGCCCAUCACCACACGACAGCUGGAGUCACUAAUUAGACUGACAGAGGCAAGAGCCAAAUUAGAGCUCAAAGAAGUGGCGACAAAAAGUGAUGCUGAGGAUGUGGUAGAGAUCAUGAAACACAGUCUGGCUGUUACAUAUUCCGACGGCCUGGGAAACCUAGACUUUGAGCGCUCUCAGCUUGGCUCCGGGAUGAGUCAGCGCAGUGCUGCAAAGCGACUGGUCAACGCGCUCCACUCACACGCUCAGAGGACCAAUCAGAAGCAGUUUGACCUACAGAUGCUUCGAUCUAUAGCCGACAAAAUGAACAUAAAGGUGAUGGAUUUUCAAGGUCUGUUAAAUUCCCUCAACGAACAGGGUUUCCUGCUGAAGAAAGGGCCCAAGUUGUACCAGCUGCAGACCAUCUAACUGCACACAGACUUUAUUUGUAAAAACACAAAAAUAGUUUCUCUUGCAACACGUAGAGAUGCUCCGAUGAUCCAAACUCACUUUCUCAAUAAGGUUUGUGUCACCAACUCAACGUCUCUAAUACAAGAAAGUUUCACUUAACUGUUAGAAGCAGUGUAUAUUAUAUUACACAAAGGUGACUUUACCGCACAAACUAUUAACCUUAAUAAGAAGGUGAUGCACAUGAAAGCUAAAGUGCCUGUAUAUAUGUGUUAAUUGCUCAGAAGCUUGAAUUAAUCUAAAUAAAACCGUUAUUUCCUGAAAUAUUUUUUCUCAGUUUGUAUAUAAAUAAACGUGUAAACAUAUA